CCUCCAUCUCCACGCCGGUUUCAUUGUAUUUUUAAUUCAUUCUUAUAUAAAACGUAAAAAAGUUUAGAAAACUUGUUAAAUUAACAAUAAGGGACAAAAUUCAUUUUUUUGAUUAAUAACAAAAGAAAAAAGAAAAUGAAUGAAGUGACACUACCUCCCUCGCCAAAUUGGUACCUGAAUAAUGUAAUGUCUUGCUCAAAAAAUGGAACAGUCGCGUGGGGUUCCAGACACACGAUUGUCAUCGGUCAACCAAAGGAGAAUAGUAAAAUUCUCGAGUAUUCAAUUAUUUUGAAUGCCCAUUCAGAAAGAGUGACUUCAUUAUGCUUAUCACCCGAAUUCGACAAUUCUGAGAAACGUCUUUUAGUUUCUGCCGGAGACGAUCAUAAUGUGAAAAUUUGGAAAGUCGACACUCUCACAACAUCAUUAACGAAUUCUAUUUUAGACGCGAAGCAAAAAGUAAUUGGUGUCGACUGGUCGAAAAAUGAUCCAAAUUUAAUUUGCUACGUGAGUUCGGAAGGUUUCCUCGUCAGUUGGAAUAUUGCAUUCGAUACAAAUCAAAUAAUUCCUUUGGGAAAAUCAACACCAACUUGUAUAGCCUGUUGUCCUCAUGAUCCAAAUCUAGUCGCUUUGGGCUCGAAAAAAGGAACAGUUUUGAUAGUUAAUAUUCAGGGUUCAGGCUCUGUGAUCUAUAAUUUAAGGGGCCAUGACGUCGAGGUUGUCAGUUUGUCCUGGUGUCCGGUCAGUUCCAACAUUUUCGUCGAGAAUGGAGCUAGAGAUUUGCUACUCGCCUCCGGUGGAAAAGACAGGUCGAUAUUUUUUUGGCGCGCCGGAGGCGAUGGGAGAUUUCAAUGUCAAAUAAUGCUUCCACAAAAUCCACUGGAUUCGCAAAAGCAUCGCUCGAAAUUGGGCGCUGGUUCGUUUAAUUGGACCGCACUUUGUUGGGCGGAGGCGAAAUUAAUUUUAAUAAGUUCCGCAUUCGGUGAAUUGAUUUCCUGGGACUUGACGAAAUUCAGUGGCAAGAAUAAACCCGUCUAUCAGACAAUUCACACCUGUCAUAAUCGAGGAUUAUUUUGCAUCGCGACGGACAUUCAGAUCGAGAAUAAGGAUCGUCAACAAAACUGGAGGGAAAAGAACUCAAGAAGAAUUUGGACCCUCGGGCAGGAUCGACAGGUAAUUUGUUGCGAUUUACUAGAAGACAAAUCAACAAUGGAAUAUCGAAUUCCAACACAAGGCGGUUAUGUCUAUUGUCUCGCUGCUUGUCCCCUGGAUACGACACAAAUUGCCUUCGGAUCGGGAGACGCAAUGUUGCGAAUUUGGAAUCUGUCCGAACCGCACGAGUCACAGUUUGAAAUUGCGACACUCUGGCAGAAAAUUAUGGGAAAAGUCAGAGCCUUGUCCUGGCACCCGGAGAAAGAAAAUCUCCUCGCCUUCGGAACUGGCGAGGGUCGAAUCGGAAUUUACGAUACAAACGCAAAGAAACCACCACUUUUGUACAGACAAUAUCACAGAAAUGUUAUUUAUUCCCUUCACUGGGGACCAGCACCCGACGUUCAAUUGUACGCCCUUUAUUCUUGCGGCGAUGGUGAAUUGGUCUUUUAUAAUCCUGAAAAUCCUGAUAAGGAUCCAAAAUCGGUGAUAAAGAAGGACUGCACGGAAUUCGCGUGGAAACCGGAUUAUUCCUGCAUGGCUGUUGGUUCGGAGCACGGGAAAAUUUCCUUCUUCGAUCGUAAUUUAAAGGAACUUGAGGAUUGUAUUUAUAAUCCUUUAAGAACUGCUGUUCAUUGUUUGGCAUGGCAUCCGGAGAGUACGGAGACGGAUUUAUUGAUGUCGCCGUUACAAAAUUAUUUAGCCGUUGCUUUUAAUAGUUCAACGAUAACUAUUUUUGAUAUUUGCAAUUUAAAAGUGAGCACCGAGGAGAAGGAGACUGUCAACGACGACGCGACGACGGAAUCAAAAGCUUUUUACAAAACAGUCGCUAUUUUAUCCGGUCACACCGAGAAAGUUGUCUCUCUCAUUUGGAGUCCACAUCAAAGUGGAUUUUUAGCUUCUGGCAGUUAUGAUAAUACAGUUCAGAUUUGGAAAGUGGAGACUCAGGAGAUAAUCAGCACAUUCACGGGACAUCAGGGUCCAGUUUUCUGCUGCAUGUGGAGUCCGCUCGAUCCUGAUUUCAUGAUAUCGGGUUCGGCCGAUUUUACCGUUCAAAUAUGGAAAAUUUCCGAGCAGGAGGCAAUAAUGCCAACGGAGAAACCAACGUCGAGGAAAGUAAAGACAAAAAAGAAGAAGAAUAAUUUAGAAAGAGCCCUGACAUUGAAGAGCAAUGACAAUGAAGACGAAACGUCGAAAUUGAAACCCAAUGAACAGCAACAAACAGUUUUGGAAAAGAAAAAUAAUUCGAAGAAAGAUUCCAAGAAACGGGAAUAUUUUACAGUUUACAGUAAACGUUUAAACACAAAAACGUCUGUUUUAGAAUCUAUAAGAACUCUUCUAAAGAGUGUAAAAAGAGAAAAUGAAUUGGAGGAAGAGAGUAAACAAAAGGAGGGAGAAGAGGAAGAAAUUGCCGAAAAAGGAAAAGCGGGAGAAAAUAGUGGAAAAGUAGAGGAAAAUAGUGAAAAACAGGGAGAAAAUAGUGAAGGAGUGAAGGAGAAUAGAGAAAAAUUGGCGGAAACGAUAGAAGAAAUAGUAGAAGAAAAGGAACGAAAAGAAGGAAAGGAAAAAGUAGAAAGUGGGAAAAUUAAGGAAAUUAAAGAAACUAACGAAGUGACGGAAUCUAAUGAUAAUGACAAACAACUAGAAUCUAGAGAGACAAAUGUGCCUUCUAUUUUUGCUGGAAAAGAACAUGUUUUAGAUAUUAUUAAAGAAGAAAAACCAUUUUUGAAUUCUCGUGGACAGUACAAUGCAGUAUUAGAAUUGGACGUCUGGUGUAACAAAUUGAUGGAAACUCUAAGGGAUGCUGUAAAGGAGAAGAGAUUAACUGACUAUCUUGUUUCACUCGCUCCAUCCUUGUCAAUGAAAACUUGGCAAGAAAUGUGUGAGGCGUACGCGAUGCAAUUGAUAAGCGACGGACAUAUCAACAAAGCGGUUUGUUAUUUAUUAAAAAUUCAUCGAAUUCAUCAAGCCGUUGGUGCAUUUUUUAAUGCGAAAAUGUAUAGAGAAGCUUAUGCACUCGCAGCAUUAAAAUUGGAUCCACAAGAUCCGCUGGUUGAGAGUAUUUUACGAGAUUGGGCAAUUAGUACAACGAGAGAAGGGAGUUUCGAAGAGGCUGUACAAUGUUACGUGAAACUUAAGGACUUCAAGAAAGCCGCUCAAUUGCUCUCGCGACGGAAAGAAGUUCCCUUUUUGGAUGUGGCCGCUGAAUUGGCAGAAAUGGGCGAAGAUUUUAAAUUAAGUGACUCAUUGGCAGAACAAGCUGUCAAUGAAUCUCUCCUGAUUUCCGAUUUUGAAACGGCAAAUUCAAUAUGUGAAAAAUAUUCGCGAAUCCGACAUCGUCAAAUUCACGUGAAUGUAUUUAAAGUCAUUAAAAAGACUCUCGACAUUUCUAGUCCAAAAUCAAUUUACGAUUGGCUAGAGGGUAAAUCAAAGAAGAAUGGAGUUUUGGAAAGUCUGCAAGAUUUUUCAAUAAACGCGGAUUUGUAUUUGGAACUCGGAAAAUCGAUAUUUAACGCUCCGCCGAAAUGCGAGAAUGAGAUGUGGAUAAACGUGAGUCAUCAAAUAUCAUUGGCAGUGCUGUCAGACAAUGAAAAUCAACUCUCAAAGCAUAUUCUAAUGGCCCUGCAGAUGAUUUGCUUGUACGAAAAGACCCAGUAUCAUCGAGACGAGACGUCGGAGAGUUUAUUACUAAAAUUCCUGUCGAUAUUGGAAAAUAAAGAUCCUUCCUCCGAGGACAGUUUAUUUUCAAAGAAAAACGAGAGAAUGAAAGCCCUCCGAGCUUAUUUAUGUUAUGGUUUUCUAAACUGGUUCACGGAAGAAUAUUUAAGGAAGGAAGAUACAGAGAAGAAUUAUGAUUUUAUGAUCAAUACGAUUGAAAAAUACAUUAAGGACGUUUUCGAUAAGGAGGCCGUUAAGCAUUGGACCGGCGUCAAUGAAAUUGUCAAACUCGAAGCUUUACUUGCUCUAAAUAUAGGAAAAACUCAAACUCCAGAGGAUGAAAAAUUAGAACCCGCCUUGACUGUCGAACGACUGGAUCAUUUAAGAUUCGAUGGUAAACAAUUUCUGGAGAAUCGAGUAUCAACACCAAAUCCAAUGGACGCCUACGUUGCCUCACUUGAUUUUAUCAAUCAAAUUUCAAACGAAAAUGUGAAAAUUCAAGUGAAAAAAUUAAUAGACGACGCUUGGCAAGAAGCUGCCCUUUAAUUUAUUCUUUUGUAAAUACGUUUUUAAAUUAAGUUUUUUUUUUAAAAAAAGAAUUUAAUACUUCGUUUUUAUACGAUGUUAAUUAUGUAAUUAAGAAUUCGUAAUUAUUAUUAUGUCAUAA